GACAUGCGCAGGAUUUAAAGCUGUUUUUAAAGCAUUUCACAGAGACUGAUCCUGUACUGCAGGUUUCUGUCAGGUUCACUGCAUCCUGUAUGUAUCCGUGGUUACAAAAUUAGAAUUGGAACCUUGGAAUCAUGAGCUGUUAUUAUUCUGAAAUGUGGAAUCAGAACAUUCCGAGUUGAAAAGCUGAUCUGCAUCAACACAAUCCACAUUCAGAUGAAUGUUGUACAUUCAGUAGCUCUGACCUGCACAGAACAUGAGUAAACAGGAAGAAGAGAAGGGAAUGGAGAGGAAGGUAGACGGGAUGUCCUGCAACAUCAUCAAUGAGCUGCGGUUAAAGAAGCAGCUCUGUGAUGCAGUCAUCGUGGUGGACGGCGCCGAAUUCCACGUGCACAAGAUCAUCCUGUGCGGCUGCAGCCCAUACUUCAUGGCUCUCUUCACCAACGGGGGGUACCCUCCUGAUAAGCUCGGGUACAGCAUCCCUAACGUUUCUGCCGAGAUAAUGGAGCUGAUCGUGGAGUACGCGUAUAUAAGACGUGUUAACAUCACGGAGAAAAACGUGUGUAAGCUGCUGAUCGCUGCUGAUUAUCUGUUGGUGAACAGCCUGCUGAACGACUGCUGCACGUUCCUGAAGGCUCAGCUGUGUCCCGAGAACUGCGUUAACAUCUGUCGUUUAGCUCACUCCUACUUCUGCGAGAAGUUGAAGCAGCAGGCCUUCCGGUUUAUCUUGCACAACUUUGAGGAGAUGGUGCGCCUCUCUGAGGAGUUCCUGGAUCUGACGGUCGAGCAGCUGAGCGAGAUCAUCGAGAAGGACGAACUGAACGUGAAACAGGAGAGCGUGGUGUUUGAAGCCAUCUUACAGUGGAUCAAACAUGCGCCAUGGAAACGGAAAGCGCACAUAGGAGUGUUACUGCCCAAGGUGCGUCUGGGGCUAUUGACACACGAUUACCUUAUGAACAAUGUGAGCAACAACGUUUUAGUGAUGGACAACAUGACAUGUAAGCCGAUCGUCACCAGAGUUCUGAUGGGCAUCGAUGACCUCAACCCGAGCCUUCCCCUCAGCUCUGAUCUCCAGAGACUCCGCCUGCCCAGCGCCGUUCUGCUGGCCAUCGGUGGCUAUGGCCACAAGAAUCUCAAUACCAUAGAAGCGUAUGAUACGCGAGCAGCGCGCUGGGUCAACGUCACAUGCAACGACGAGAGUCCACGAGCCUAUCACGGGACGGUGUAUCUGAACGGCUUCGUGUACUGCAUCGGAGGAUUCGACAGUGUGGAUUUCCUCAACAGUGUGAGAAGGUUUGACCCCAUCACCAGAACCUGGGCUCAGGUGAACCCCAUGCACUCUUGCCGGUGUGACGUGAGCGUGUGUGUGCUGGACAGUCGUAUCUAUGCGAUGGGAGGAUUUGAUGGCUUCGAACAUCUGAAUACAGUAGAGCGAUAUGAACCUGAGAAUGAUCGGUGGUGCAUGAUCGCGCCGAUGCACGAACCAAGGGGUGAUUCUAGCGCUACAGUACUGAAUGGCAAAGUGUACAUAUGCGGAGGGUUUGACGGGAACAGGUGUUUGUUCACGGGGGAGUAUUACAGUCCUCAGACGGGAGAGUGGACCCUCAUCACCCCCAUGAUGAUCAGAAGGCGUGGACUGGGCGUGGUUGCGUACGGAGGAUGGGUUUACGCUGUCGGGGGAAAUGAUGGUGUUAAUCAAAUAAGCAAUGUAGAAGUGUAUAAUCCUCAGACCAACGUGUGGACACAAGGUCCAGCCAUGAACAACAAGCGCAGCAACUUCGGCAUUGAGGUGCUGGACGAUCUCCUGUUCGUUGCUGGUGGAGAGAACGGCACUACCACCAUGGAUGAAGCGGAGUGUUAUGAUAAGCAGACUUCUGAAUGGCAUGCAAUCGAAAACAUGGGGAUUUCUCGCCGUGGUCUGAGCUGCUGUGUGCUGUCUGGUUUACCCAACAUGGCAGAGUACGCUGCUCCCCGAGACGAUCCCUACAGAGUCCCUCAGAGCUCACAGAGCACCAGAGGCUACCUCACACCUCCUGCCAAUGUCUGAGACAUACAAAUAAACCUCUCCUUUCAUCAGAA